GAGCUGGCUUCGCGGUUGGAGAAGCUGGAGCCGCUGUGGGAACAAAUCAAUGAAGCGAUGACGGAGACGGAGAUGGUCGACAGCGAGGAAGGUUCAUCGGAAGAACGACGCCUCGGAAAAGGCAUUCGGCGCCUGUGCAUAUAUCCGUUCACAGGACGAAAACGAAAAAAUUAAAAUUUCUCUCAUUACCUCCAAAUCACGAGUUGCGCCGUUGAAGCGUCAAACGAUCCCACGGUUGGAACUGUGUGGAGCACGUAUCGCGGUCGAGCUGCAUGAAAAAAUAACUGCGUCGUUUAACGCCAUCUAUGAAGCAUAUUUUUGGACAGAUUCUAAUACUGUUUUGCAGUGGCUUGCUCAGCCACCUAGCACUUGGACUACGUUUGUGGCUCACCGUGUCUCAUUUAUCCAGCAUUCAACUAGGAAUUGUCAUUGGUAUCACGUGCCAGGUGUAGAGAACCCGGCAGACCAUCUGUCCCGGGGAUUACUGGCGGAACAACUGGUGCAGAAUUCUUCGUGGUGGAGUGGUCCACCAUGGUUGGCCAAAAAUAGAGAUUAUUGGCCGUAUCAACGAAGGUCUGAUGAGUAUGCAGAAGUUAUAGAAAAAGAAAAAAAGAAAACCGUUGCAGCUGUUGCUGAGAUUCCCACGAAUUCAUUUUUAUGUUGGUAUUUAUCUAAAUUCUCAGAUUACGCAAAACUGUUACGUAUCACAGCAUAUUGCAGACGAUACAUGCGGAAUAUUGGAAUUCCCGAAAAAGAAAGAAAAUGCUCAAUACCACUAUCCACGCAAGAGCUAACCGACGCCGAAUUAUGUCUUAUUAAACUGGUCCAACAGGAAGCCUUUGAAAAGGAAUUCACUGCUCUAACGAGAGGUGAAGCUGUGCAUCGUGCAUCUAAAAUUCGAUGGUUCAAUCCCAAACUCACGGAAGAUGGAAUUAUUCGGAUUGGAGGACGAUUACUAAAUUCCGAUAGUUCAACUGACUUCAAACAUCCAAUUAUUAUACCCGGAAAUCACCUAUUCUCAAAGCUUCUUGCGAGAAGUUAUCACCUACGCUUACUCCAUGCUGGAUCACAGCUCAUGCUUAAUUCAAUAAGACUACGUUUCUGGAUUUUAGGUGGACGAAGGAUAUGUCGACUAGUGACACAUCAAUGUAUCACUUGUUGUCGUGCGAAGCCAUUACUACAACAGCAAUUCAUGGGCCAACUUCCAGCACAACGAAUCGUUGCCGCGAGACCGUUUUCGACAACAGGCAUAGAUUAUUUCGGGCCUGUGUACAUAAAGCAAGGUUAUAAGAAAAGCUUAAUUAAAGCGUAUGUAUCCGUCUUCGUUUGCUUUUGUACAAAGGCGGUACAUCUGGAGCUAGUGUCCGGCCUUUCCACCGCGAAAUUUCUCCAGGCACUUCGUCGUUUUACGGCACGUCGUGGAAAACCGGCCGAAAUAUUUUCCGAUAACGGAACAAACUUUGUGGGCGCUCGAAAGGAGUUAGCAGAAUUAAUAAGCAACCUAAGCAAUCGCAAAUAUCACGAAGCAAUUCAGCAAGAAUGCAGUACGAGUGGAAUAUCCUGGCACUUCAUUCCGCCUGGGGCACCCCACUUUGGCGGGCUUUGGGAAGCCGCCGUUCGUUCCGCUAAGAAACACCUCCUCCGCGUAAUAGGGUAUUCCUCCGUAUCAUAUGAAGAUUUCCUAACACUUCUAGUCCAAAUAGAAGGUUGUCUAAAUUCCAGACCGCUAACACAGCUGUCAGAUGACCCUGAUGACCUCCAACCGCUGACGCCAGCUCACUUCCUCGUCGGCACAUCACUGGAUGCACUUCCCGAUUCCGAUUAUACCUCUACACCGAGCAACCGAUUAUCACAUUGGCAGCUCAUUCAGCAGCAACAACAACAUUUUUGGCGUCGAUGGCGAGUCGAAUACCUUUCGCAGCUCCAAGCACGCGUCAAAAAUUGGAAGCCUCCGAUCACUAUACAGCCCGGGAGAUUGGUUAUUAUGGUCGACGAAAAUCAACCACCGAUGAGAUGGCGAAUGGCCCGUAUUCAUCAAGUUCAUCCUGGCAGUGACGGGGUAAUUCGAGUCGUCACACUGCGUACUGCAACAGGAUUCCUGAAGAGACCUGUCACCAAAAUAUGCAUGCUCCCUCUUCCUGCUAUGGACGAUCAGCAUAUGGAAAAAUCGUCAACAUUAUCUGAAAUUAAGUAAUUUCAGGGGGGGGUCGGAAUGUUGGAUGAUGAUACCGACCCUAUUUCGCCCGCAUGCUGUCAGUUCUCUUCUCACCAACCAAAGCUCAGCUUCCAAAGCUCCAGAUGAUGAGAGAGCAACGAGAUAACCGAUAAAAGAUCGAUUAUCAUCGAAGGUCAGUCGGUCCCAAGUCCUUCUCACCGUCGGAUGCCAAUACAGCACGCUCGUUCAUUCCAUUACGUGUUAAUUUUAAUGUUUUAUCAGUGUGUAAAAUAUAUGUGUUAAAUGUUAAGUGUUUUAUGAAAAUUAAAAGUGGAG